AUGGAUCAGUGGUUAAGGGUGUGCAUUGAUCUUCCAAAGGACCUGAGUCCAAUUUUCAGCAUCCAUGUCUGCAAUAAUUUCCCUUCAUUGUUUGACUAUUAUCCAGGAAGUUAUCACAUGGUAUUGAAAAAUUAUGAUUAUAUUAGUAGUUACCUUUUGGAGAAAAUAAAAGAACAUCAGGAAUCAUUGAAUGUUGCAAACCCUCGGGAAUUUAUUGAUUACUACCUGAUUAUACAAAAGCAGGAAAACCACAAUCAACAAUCAGAAUUUACACUUGAACCUCUGGCAACAACUGUGAGCGAUCUGUUUGCAGCUGGGACAGAGACAACAAGCACAAUGCUGAGAUAUGCUCUCCUGCUCCUGCUGAAGCACCCACAUGUCACAGCUAAAGUCCAGGAAGAGAUUGAUCAUGUGGUUGGCAGACACUGCAGCCCCUGCAUGCAGGACAGGAGCCACAUGCCCUACACAGAUGCUGUGAUUUAUGAGGUCCAGAGAUUCAUUGACCUCAUCCCCACCAACCUGCCACAUGAGGUGACCUCUGACAUUAAGUUCAGGAACUACCUUAUCCCCAAGUCUAGGGAUGUGAAUGUUUUUAGAUUUUCCAUCCACAUUUCUAAACUGCCCUCCAUAAAGCUCAUCACUCUACACCAGCCAGGAAUAGAUGCGGUCAUCCAUGUGCCUUAUGAAGGAUCUUUUUCUACAAGCAUUGCUGUUUCCAUGUUGGCAGUUGAAGAGUUUGAGGAGCUACAGGUGAACCUGGAACUGGAGAAAGGUCUUCGCAAGAAGGCAGAGUCACUUGUACAAGGGGUGGGUAUGCUGCAGAAACCAGGAGACUUUACAGAAUACCAAUGGGCAAAAAAAAGUUGA